AUGGACAAGAAAACUUCGCCCCUAUAUAAUGGCACGAUAUCGCCGGACAUAGAUUGGGCCAGUUCAGAGUUGCCCAUUGGACAACGGCGACUGUCUUAUGGCGUAUUGGAGAAGAGUUUAACUUUUGCUGGUGGCUUCGUCGGUUCUAUGGCGCUGACGUUCCCUAUGAACUUGUUGUUAUCAAGAUUUGGAGCACAUAAG